CUGCUUACUAUAAGUCCCCUCUUCUCCAGCACCACAAGCCCCAAACCACUCCCUCUAUCAUCUUCUCACCUGACCCUACAACGAGUAAUACCACGUCCCAAGAAACGAAAGAAACAUGUCCGGCGUCACCGAAUUCAUCUUCUUCCACCUCAACCCCGCCAUCAAACCCGAAGACCCCACCAACAAUGAAGCCGGCGCUUCGCUCCUAGAGCUCUUCAAAAACACCAAACACCAGAACGGAUACCUAGGGUCCUCUUGGGGCCGCUCAAUCGAAGAUGAGAAUGUGGUUGUUUGGGUUAUUGACUGGAAAGACGCCCAAACCUCCCCAACCCUCACUCCCUCCCUAACACCCUACCUCGCGCCAUCCACCCCACUAACAACCUUCUACGCGACCCUCUCCCCUCCCCCUCCCGCGCACAAAACCCACGAUCUAUCCGCCUCGCCCGUAACCGAGAUCUUCACGCCGUGGUUCCCGACCUCCAUGUCUGCAGACGAGACGAAGAAACUGCAUGAGAGCCUCGUGGCGUUCCGGACCGAGCUGGUGGAGAAUCUCGAGGAAGGGAAACGGCCUCGAGGGUUGGUCAUGGGGCAGGUGGAACGGCCUGGGACGCGGAAGCAUGGGGAUAGUCCGAGCGGGGAGGCGUUUGGGAUGGUGGUGUUGGCGGGGUGGGAGAGCGUGGAGGCGCAUAUGGAGAUUAAGGGGACGGAGGCGUUUGGGAGGGGGAUUGGGCCGAUUAGGGAGUGGAUGUUGAAGGGGGAUGGAGGGGAUGUGGAGAAGGGGGAGGGAGGGUUUGGGAUUAUGAGGCAUGUGAGGUUUCAGAAGGUGGAGUGA